CCAGCCCUGAGCCGGAUGCAGUGCAAGAGCCGGGCCGCGGUCAGGGUCGCGGGCCCAGCACCUCGCUCUGUCCCCCACCCGGGAGUCCCGCGGGGACGCGCUGCACUGGCCCCGCCCCCCCGCGGCCUCCGCGCACGCGCAGGCGCGGCCCCGCCCUCCCCUCUCCUCCCCCGGGCUGUGCAGCCGGGCCGCGGAGACAAAGCAGCGCGGCCGCAACAGGUCCCCGAUCGGGUCCGCGGUCCCGGACUCCGGGCCCGCGGCUCCAUGCGGUCCCUGCCCAGCAUGAUGCCGAUGUUCCUGACCGUGUACCUCAGCAACAGUGAGCAGCACUUCACAGAGGUGCCCGUCACGCCCGAGACCACAGGCCGAGACCUGGUGGAGCUGUGCAAGGAGACUGGCGAGAGCGACUGCCACCUGGCCGAGGUGUGGCGCGGCUCGGAACGUCCAGUUGCUGACAAUGAGCGAAUGUUUGACAUUCUUCAGCGGUUUGGAAGUCAGCGGAAUGAAGUUCGUUUCUUCCUCCGUCACGAGCGCCCACCCAGCAGAGAUGUAGUGAGUGGCCUGCGGCCUCAGGAUCCAGGUCUGAGAAGAAAUGGUGUGAAAGUCCCUGCAGAGCCCCGGAGAAAGGAGAACGGAGUAAACGGUGCCCGCGUGGACCUGACGCUUGCUGAGCUCCAGGAGAUGGCAUCUCGCCAGCAGCAGCAGAUCGAGGCCCAGCAGCAGAUGCUGGCCACCAAGGAGCAGCGUUUAAAAUUUUUGAAACAGCAAGAUCAGCGUCAACAGCACCAGGCCGCUGAGCAGGAGAAGCUUAAGAGGCUGAGAGAGCUGGCUGAGAGCCAGGAAGCCAAGCUGAAGAAAGUGCGGGCGCUUAAGGGCCACGUCGAGCAGAAGCGGCUGAGCAAUGGGAGGCUGGUGGAGGAAAUUGAGCAGAUGAAUAGUUUAUUCCAGCAGAAGCAGAGGGAGCUGGUCCUGGCUGUGUCCAAAGUUGAGGAGCUCACGAGGCAGCUGGAGAUGCUGAGGAGUGGCAGGAUUGAUGGCCACCAUGACAGCCAGUCUGCGGUGGCCGAGCUGGACCGGCUGUACAAGGAACUGCAGCUGAGGAACAAGCUGAACCAGGAGCAGAACGCCAGGCUGCAGCAGCAGAGGGAAUGUCUGAACAAGCGCAACUCCGAGGUGGCCGUCAUGGACCGGCGAGUCAGCGAGCUGCGAGACCGGCUGUGGAAAAAGAAGGCAGCGCUGCAGCAGAAGGAGAACCUGCCGCUUUCGCCCGAUGGGAAUCUCACCCAGCCACCAGCGUCUACCCCCAGCCGUGUGGCUGCCGUGGGCCCCUACAUCCAGUCGUCUACCAUGCCUCGGAUGCCGCCGAGGCCAGAGCUGCUGGUGAAGCCGGCGCCGCUCGAUGGUCCCCUGACCGUGCAGGCCCUGGAGGGGCCAGCAAAGAUGCAGACCCUGCCCAACAUGAGGACCGCAGCUGCACUGCAAGCCAAAGGCCCGAAAGCCCCUCCUGCUGUCCCCGACUGGACCCCCUCAGGCGCAGACCUGUUCUCCAUGCCUCAGGGUGCUAGGCCGGCCCCUGACCAAGCUGACGACGGGGAGGUUUCGCUGAGAGACAAGGAGAAGAAGGUGCGGCCGUUCUCCAUGUUUGACACGGUGGACCAGGGCGCCAUCCCUCCGGGCUUUGGCACACUGCGGAAAAACCAGAGCAGCGAGGACAUCUUGCGGGAUGCCCAGGCUGCAAACAAGAACGUGGCUAAAGUGCCACCUCCGGUUCCUACAAAACCGAAGCAGAUUAACCUGCCUUAUUUUGGACAAGCCGGGCCAUCGCAAUCUGACGCCAAGCUGGAUGGAACCCUUCAGCAGUUGCCAGCAGCAGUGCCGGCCAUGAGCCAUAAGCCCAAACCCGCAGGGCCUCAGCCGAGGGCCGUGCUAUCCCCUGGUGUGCCUUCAGGUGGCCAUGACCAUGGCCUGUCGGUGGGACCUAAGCAGGAGAAUCCGCCCGCCGCUGCGGUCCGGCCCUUUACGCCCCAGCCUCCCAAAGAGGCUGCCCUGCCGGCCUUCAGGAAGCCCCAGACAGUGGCAGCGAGCUCCAUCUACUCUAUGUACACACAGCACCCGGCGCCGGGAAAGAACUUCCAGCAGGCUGUGCAGAGCGCGAUGACCAAGACGCAGCCCCGAGGCCCACACUUUGCCAGCGUGUACGGCAAGCCCGUGCUUGCUGCGGCCCAGAACCUGCAGCAGCAGCAGCAGCAGCAGCAGCCCGAGAACGUGUACAGCAGUGGCCAGGGACCACUGAGCAGCCCAGAGCCCGAGGCAGAGUUAGUGUCCUCGGCCCAGGAGAGCCAGGAGAAUGAGCGCAUCCCGCGCCCACUCAGCCCCACCAAGCUGCUGCCCUUCCUGUCCCACCCCUACCGGAACCAGAGCGACGCCGACCUGGAGGCCCUGCGCAAGAAGCUGUCCAACGCGCCUCGGCCACUGAAGAAGCGCAGCUCCAUCACGGAGCCUGAGGGGCCCAAUGGACCCAACAUCCAGAAGCUGUUGUACCAGAGGACCACGCUCGCUGCCAUGGAGACCAUCUCGGUGCCCUCGCACACCUGCAAGGCGCCCGCACCCCCACCUCCUGAUGCGGAAAGCCCUGGGGACAUCCCCAUCCCCAACCCCUACCUGCUCGUGGAGCCCGAGGAGGAGGCUGCCCCCACUGCCGAGCCACUGUCCCCAGAGGUCACAGGGCCCACCAGGGCAGAGGACAGUGAAAGGCCUGCUCCUCUCCCAGGCCUCGACAUUGUACCUGAAGGGACCUCGGGCAGUAGCCCGGGUCCCCAGGGUGCCGCAGAGGAGCCCCACGCAGAGCCUCCCCACCUGCUGGAGGUAUACCUGGAAGAGUACCCUCCGUACCCCCCACCGCCCUACCCUUCUGGGGAGCCUGAGGUACCUGGAGAAGACCCUGCCAGCAUGCGCCCCCCGGAGGUCACAGGCCAGGGUGCUCUGCCUCCCGGCAAAAGGACAAACUUGCGUAAAACAGGCUCGGAGCGGAUCGCGCAUGGAAUGAGGGUCAAAUUCAACCCUCUCGCCUUGCUCCUGGAUUCCUCUCUGGAAGGAGAAUUCGACCUCGUGCAGAGAAUCAUUUAUGAGGUAGAGGACCCCAGCCUGCCGAAUGACGAGGGUAUCACCGCGCUGCACAACGCUGUGUGCGCUGGCCACACAGAGAUCGUGAAGUUCCUGGUGCAGUUCGGGGUGAAUGUGAAUGCCGCAGACAGCGACGGGUGGACUCCGCUGCACUGCGCAGCCUCCUGUAACAACGUGCAGGUGUGCAAGUUCCUCGUGGAGUCGGGCGCGGCUGUGUUUGCCAUGACCUACAGUGACAUGCAGACGGCAGCCGACAAGUGCGAGGAGCUGGAGGAGGGCUACACGCAGUGCUCGCAGUUCCUCUACGGGGUUCAGGAGAAGAUGGGUGUCAUGAACAAAGGCAUCAUCUACGCACUGUGGGACUAUGAGCCUCAGAAUGCAGACGAGCUGCCCCUGAAGGAAGGAGACUGCAUGACCGUGAUCCGCCGGGAGGAUGAGGACGAGAUCGAGUGGUGGUGGGCACGGCUGAGUGACCAGGAGGGCUACGUCCCACGCAACCUGCUGGGACUGUAUCCGAGAAUCAAACCAAGACAAAGGAGCUUGGCCUGAAACAUCACAGAACUUCACCUAAUGGAGACUUAAUCUGCGCUGUCACUAAGAAGAAAUGCUGCAGCUGUCCUGGGCAGAGGCCCGCGAGCCUUACUUUCAGGAUGAUGGAGCCGGAAGGGGUGGAAGAUGGGCUGUGGGAGGAAAUGAAGGAGGAGGCCCCUCGGGGAAGAUGCCCUGCACUGGCCCCGGCUUUCAGGAAGCAGGCCGCACCCCACGGACCAGGCCUGCAGGACUUGGGCUGUGCUGUGGGGUGUGCUUCUGGCCCACAGUGGGCCUUCCAGGGCUCCCUCCCCCGUCUCCUGCCAGAAAGGACCUGGGGCCUCCUCAUCGCAGCACUGCACACACUCGUUCCCAUUGGCUGGCCGCGAGCAGUAACUGUACCAUAGGAGUUGCUUGUAGGUCUUAGGAGUUAUGCGUACAUUUGGAAUGUGGAGACUAAGGCACACCACCUAAUCUGCACUAGAUUUAGAAUCUUGUUUUUAGGCUGAAUUUGAAUCUAUAUUUAUUAUCUUUUGUAUCUUGGAAUUUAGACACUUGUUAUAGACUUACCUUUGAUACUUGUCAGAAUCAUAGCAGACUUUAAAAUAAUUGUAAUAAAAUUAAACUUUUUGAUUCUGA